UAUAGUAAUUAUUAUUAACUUGAUUGACAGUUUCCAAUAGCAACCUAUUCAUUAAAACAAAGGAUUACCUCAUUGAAUAUUGAAUAUAUAUAAAUAUAUAUACAUCGAACAUUGAACAGAGUGAAAUUUGAACGCUACAUUGGGACAACAGAUACACUGGAAUAGAUUUAGUUCACUAUGUAUACAUGAGUGGAUGAUUACGUCACCUAGUGUUAUAUACUACUAUUCCUACUACGAUUAAUAGUAAUAAUAAUAAUAACAAAACUAAUUUAAACAUGCAUACUGAUAUUAAUAUUAUAAAUCAAUCGAAUACACCAAAUUUAACCUCAUUAAUUGUUCGUGAACGUUUAAAAAAUUGUGUAUUAAAUAAGCGUAAAAGUAAAGAACAAGGUAUUGGAGUGGUGAACCCAUUGACAAAUCAUCAACAAGAAAGUCAAAUACAAACAGUCAAAUGUAAAAAUAACGCCAACAGCACUACUACUGAUAAAGAUCUUCAGUUUUAUAAUAAUAAUAAUGAUAAUAAUAAUAAUAAGAUAUCAGAUUUAAAUUUUACCGAAAAUAAUCUGGAUAAAAUAGAACACAGUAAUCUAAAUGAUUGUAUUACCCCACUGACAAUUGAUAUUGAAAAGUUAUCUACGGGGAGUAGUACAAAUUUAGCUAGUCAGAUGAAAUCUACACUAUCCCAAUGUAAUAAUAAUAAUAAUAGUAUUGACGAAAAUAAUGAUACUAGUAAUGGGAUAAGUAUUACUAAUAGUAAUAAUAAUAGUAGUCAGCCGACUCAACAACUGUUCGGCUCAUUUCAAGAAAAUGAAACACAAUACAUGAAUUUUCAAAGUUUACAGACAUCCAUCAUUGGAAGUGGUAUUUGCGGGAAUUUAGUCGGACAAAAUAAUGACAGUACACCGCCUCUACAACAACAGCAACAACAUUAUCCCCAUCAUCUCAGUCAGCAUUCACAACAACACCCGCUACGACAACAAUCCCAACAAAGAAUAACAAGUAGUGAAAAUCUACGUAAAACUGUCUCCGAACCAAGUUUAAAAAUGCGUAGCGGCUCUGGCGGGGUACAAAAGUAUCGUUAUAAACCAGAUCGUAGACAUUUCGGUGCAAAUUCAGCAACAGCUGCUGUCGCUGCUGCAGCAAUGGUUGCCUCUAAUGAUCCGUUGUCUGUCGUCGGCUUUUGGCCACAGUUGACAUCGGCAUUUCAACAUGCGAAUUUCAGCAUGCAAAAGGCAAUUGGCGGUGGUAAAAAAUCCUCGUCGUCGUCAUUAUUGUUAUUACAACAACAGAAUCAAUAUCAACAACAGCAACAGCAACAACAACAACAGCCGUCACAGUCACAGUCUCAUGCACAAGGUCAACUUCAACAGCAACAACGCCAACAUCAACGACAAGAUACUAGUAGUAAUCCAUGUUUAACUCAGACAAACGAUGAUUUAAAUCUGCCGGAAUCUGAAGCAAAGUGUAUGACUCAACCUUUAUUACCAUUGUCAAAAACACUACAAGAUAUUAUUCUGGCUGAAUUUCUUAAAUCAAAUCAAUUAAGCGGUCAUACUAAUUCUACUUCUACUACGACUUCUAAUACUACUGCUAAUAAUAAUCAGGAAUUAUUAGAAACGAUCAAUUCUUUUUGUCCUAACCCACAGGGAAUUGAAUCGAUUAAUUCACUGAAUGAUAUCCCCAUGAAUCCGUGUAUAUUCAAUUCAACAGUUAGUGGAUUUUGUGCAAGUCUACCGAAUUUAACAGCACAAUUUCAACGACCUAAUCAAAAGAGCACUAAUACUCAUAAUAAUAAUCCAAAUAUGAAUAAUACAACGACACCAACGACCCUACCAACAAAUAAAUCGACGCCUACAACUCAAAAUGUCACUGCAUCCAGUUUCGAUUCGAAUGAUUUGAGUCAGUUAGAUACAAAUAUGUCAGAUGUCAAUACUUCAACGGAUAUUCAAGAAGAAUCGACUGGGGAAUUAAAUUAUAGCACACAAAUGCAUACAGGAACAACAACGACAACAAAUACGAAUAAUAACAACAAUAAUAAUAUUAAUAAUAAAUUGUUUCAUUUAUUCCCAUAUCGUAGACAUCAAUCACUUGGAUUAAUUAGUCGAACAAGAUCUGCUCCGUUGAGUUUAGCUACCGGCUAUUCGACAAAUCGACAUUAUCAUCAGUUACACAGUUUCACCGGGGUGCAUAAUUCAAUGAAUUCAUCAACAUCUGUUACAUCAGCAGCGAAUAUUUUAGCUAUGGAAGCGGCAGCAGCCUCGAAUUUCGCCAGUCAACAAACAUCGAACACAUCAAAUCAAUUAAUUACAGAUCAAGAUGUGACAGAGUUGAAUAAAAAUAUUCAAUCAGAUGGGGAAGUAUCGUCAAGGAGUAAAGUUGUUCUACAGUUACGUAAAAAAAUAUUAGAAAGAUCAGAGUUUUUAACAUCAGAUCGUUCAGGUGUAAGCAGUUUAGAUUCAACUUCAUCUUUAUCUAGAACGUUGAAUCAAUCGAAUGGUCGUGGCAACCCCUUACUAGAAAGAACUGCAUCUAGUCCUGUCGUGAAUAUGGCGCCAACUUUAAGACCUGAAACUGUACCUGAGGCAACAUUCACAACAGUUUUAGCCUAUGAUUUAGGCAUGCUUGCACAUCAUUGUACCUGUCAGACAGAUGCAAAUCAUCCAGAGAAUCCACAACGGCUGAUUUCUAUUUGGCAAAGACUUCAACAAACUGGUUUAGCUGCUCAAUGUCAUCAUCAACCAGGAAGGCGAGCAUCCCUAAUUGAAUUACAACUUGUCCACCGUGAUGUUUACACAGUCCUCUUCGGAAGUAAUCCAGCCAGUAGAUGUCGAAUUGAUCCAACACUUUUAGCUACUGUACGUUUGUGUAGAUUAGCUUGUGGUGGUGUCGGUGUCGAUUCUGAUACUGCUUGGCAUACAGCUGGCCAUACAGCGCAUGCAGCUAGACUAGCAGCUGGAUGUGUCGUGGAUUUAGCCUGUCGUGUUAUGUUAGGUCAAUGUCCUAAUGGUUUCGCUUUAGUACGACCGCCAGGACAUCAUGCAGAACCUGGUCAAGCUAUGGGUUUUUGUUAUUUCAACUCAAUAGCAAUAGCAACUAAAAGAGUUCAAUUUCUUGGGUCAACAACACUUAGUAAUGAACAAAACUCUGUUAUAUCUUCAUUAACAAAUACACUGUUCGAUCAAUCAGCUUUUCUCCCAUACACAAUAGAACCAACAUUGAAACCAAGAAUUCUUAUUGUCGAUUGGGAUAUUCAUCAUGGAAAUGGGACACAAACAGUCUUCUAUACUGAUCCAACUGUCUUGUAUAUAUCAUUGCAUAGACAUGAUGAAGGCGGAUUUUUUCCUGGUACUGGAUCACCUGAAGAAAUUGGUGCUGGUCCUGGUGAAGGAUUUACAAUCAAUAUUGCUUGGCCAUCAGGUAUAGUGAUGUCUGAUGCUGAAUAUCUAGCUGCAUUUCGUUUAAUUGUUCUACCCGUCGCCUAUGAAUUUCAACCAAGUCUUGUCCUGGUCUCAGCUGGAUUUGAUGCAGCUCCGGGGCAUUCAGCUAAUCUUGGCGGUUAUUCUGUUAGUCCAGCAGCUUUCGGUUGGAUGACACGAUUGUUAUCUGUUGAUCGAAUAGCUAAUUCUAAAGUCGUUCUAUCUUUAGAAGGUGGUUAUGAUUUGAAUAGUCUUUGUGAUUGUACAGAAGCUUGUGUUAGAGCACUUCUCCAGUCAGCUGCAGAAAUCAAUGAGAAAAAUUCUGUACCAAUCAGUGUUCCUGAUUUACUUCCAUUGAAACAGACAGAAAUGGAUCGUGUACCACAUCCUGCAGCUAUACAAACUUUACUAAGAGUAGCACAAUUGCAUUCUUCUUACUGGAAUUGUUUCUCUAAAGAAAUCACCACUGAAUAUGCAUCGUUACCAGCGAGUAGAUGGUUACCGACAGUAUUUGAAAAUUCAUCUAAACCAUCAACGACAGAUCAUACUUCUUUAGAGUCAGACAAUAUUUCUGCUGCAAUGAAUAUCAAUCGAAAUUUCUUUAAAUCUUUAAAUAAAGCAAAUCCCCUAGGCGAAAACUUUAACACAUUUACAUCCACAAAUAAUGCAUCCAUCGAAAAUAGUCGAUUAUUUAAUUUUGCUAUGCGACAAGCUUCUUCUAUGGAUGAAGCAACUGACACUGAAAUGAAACAGAAUUUCACUCGAAGAAGAUCAGCUACUGGUCUUACUCUAUCGAAUAUUGAUUCAAAACAAUUGAUUGAUACGAAUGAAACUAUAACACGGAUAGCAUUAGCUCGAUUGGCUGAGCUACACGUUACACAGAAUCAUGAAUAG